AUGGCAUACCAGGAGGAGCUAUUGAAAGGUUACCAGUCCCAAUUGAAUCAACUGCAGUUGGUGAACGAACACCUCACCCAGUACAUUCGGAAUCUACCACCUACUACGUCUUCUAUGUUUGACGGUUCUGCUGAACGAUGCAAAGGUUUCAUUCGCCAGAAUGCGAGCACCGGCAUCGUCUUCAACUAUGCUUUUACUGUGGAGAAGGAAAACAUUAUCAGGCUGACUGUCCUCACAGACCCACCACCGCCAACCGGGAUUAAGACCAUUAAUGACGAUGACAUAGGAAGGGGCGUUUCUCAUAGAACCAGGACUCUUACUCUCCAGGUUGGCAUGUUCCACAAGGAAGCCAUUACGCUCUAUAUUGUUGAUUCAUCCAAAUGCUUCGCUGUAUCACCAAAGAACUGCCUCACCACCAGUAUAGAGAGUCCAGAUGAUCAAAGGAGAGUCAAGAUACCAGUAUGCUACAGUCAACUUUCAGAAGUGUUUAGCAAAUCAAGGGCAACAGAAUUACCACCUCACCGACCAUGGGACUGUGCGAUUGACCUCCUACCUAACGCCAUGCCACCCAAAAGCAAGGUAUACCCGUUGUCACUCACUGAAAGCCAGACUAUGGAGGAAUAUAUUAAUGAGGCUCUUAGCUUUGGGUUCAUUAGACCUUCCACUUCACCUGCAGCAGCUGGAUUCUUCUUUGUGGGUAAGAAGGAUGGAGGCUUGCGCCCAUGCAUCGAUUAUCGAGGCCUAAAUAACGUCACAGUCAAGUUCCGAUAUCCCCUACCUUUAGUUCCAUCAGCUCUAGAACAACUACGUGAGGCAAAGGUGUAUGCUAAGUUAGACCUCCGUAGUGCCUAUAACCUGAUAAGGAUCAAGGAGGGAGACGAGUGGAAGACUGCGUUCAUGACGACUAGAGGGCACUAUGAGUAUCUCGUUAUGCCGUAUGGGCUAGCUAAUGCUCCAGCUGUAUUCCAGUCUUUUAUCAACGAGAUCUUCAAGGACAUCCUGAACACAUACGUGGUGGCUUAUAUUGAUGACAUCCUCAUCUACUCAAAGAAUGAAGCCGAUCACAUUGGACAUGUCAAAGAGGUUCUUUCCAGGUUACUAAAACACCAGUUGUUUGUCAAGGAGGAGAAAUGUGAGUUUCAUGUGUCUCAAACUUCGUUUCUAGGUUACCAAAUCAGUCACCAGGGAGUGAGGAUGGACAAGGACAAGGUUAAGGCAGUUACGGAGUGGCAUCAACCCACUACUGUCAAGGAGCUACAACGGUUUCUAGGGUUUGCAAAUUUCUACAGACGCUUUAUCCGAAACUAUAGUACCGUUGCUGCACCACUAACCUCUCUCUUAAAGGGAAAGCCGUCCAAGCUGAGAUGGAAUGAGGGAGCAAUUAAGGCAUUUUCCAACCUCAAGGAACGUUUCACCACAGCCCCAAUUCUCAAACAUCCUGAUCCUGAACUACCGUUUAUCAUAGAAGUGGAUGCAUCGGACUGCGGAGUUGGAGCUGUUCUCUCACAGCGUCACGGUCAACCAGGGAAACUUUACCCUUGUGCUUUCUUUUCCAGAAAACUAACAGCAGCAGAGAGAAAUUAUGAUGUGGGAAACAAGGAGCUGUUAUCCAUGAAAGCGGCCAUUGAGGAGUGGAGACACUGGCUAGAAGGAGCAGUGCACCCGUUCCAAGUCAUCACGGAUCACAAAAACCUUGAAUACAUCAAGGGAGCUAAAAGGCUGAACCCCAGACAGGCAAGAUGGGCACUGUUCUUUAUGCAUUUUUAAUUCACUGUCACCCAUCGUCCAGGUUCCAAGAACAGUAAGGCUGACGCACUGUCCCGAAGAUAUGACGCACCACUGAAGGAGGGAGUCCCGGAUAAUAUUCUGCCACCCACGGUAAUCCUGGCACCAGUGUCCUGGGAUAUCAUGGAGGAGCAGCAGAGGGAAUUGCAGCACGAACCAGCACCCCCUCAAUGUCCCACCAUUAUGUACCAUCUACGAUACGCCAACGCAUCCUACAAUGGGAUGUCAGUCCUGUCAUCUUUGCUGGACAUUUUAGAUGCCAGUUCAUCCAAUUCCUUCCUCUGCUCCACUAAUCCUGGGUCCUCUCCACGGUCAAUGCCAUCUUUGGCCAGUAAAACGGGACCUAGCCAGACAUCUGGGGAAAAACUGGAAGACCGUGUCUUCCUCCUGCUGGAACUCUUGAGAGGGGGAUAUCCGAUGCUGUGCGGAUCAAUAUUGUCAGUUCUGCAAAAGGAGGUGGGUCUGCUUUCUUUUCUCAAGCUGCAGGUCGGCUAUCAGGGCGUCGUCCCAACAGCCUCUGCAAAACUGCCUCACCAAACAGCGGUUUCGUUCACCCUCGGCAACACCUCCACGCCUGAUGGUUGUGCUCAGGAUCACAUGCAAUCUGUGGAGGGUGAGUCAGUAUUUCUGCAGCAACUUCUGUUCUCUGUAGAGUUGGGGAUUUUUGCCCUGAAUGUUCAGGAGUCAGCACAUUUGAUUAACAAGGGUGUUGCUCCACCUCAGUGUCCAUUCUGGCUGUUGAGUGAACUGAGUGAGAGGGUGUGGGAUAGUGCUCAUGUACGACUUCAAAGAGCGAUCAGGUAUCAGGAGAUUCAAGGUAACCGCCAAAGACGCCCACAUCCCCCAUAUCAACCUGGACAAAGGGUCUGGCUCGACGAGGACAUCAAGAUGCGGCUGCCCAGUAAGAAGCUAAGCCCAAGGUAUGUUGGACCAUUCAAGAUAAUAAAACAAGUGAAUGAUGUCACAUACCAACUUGAACUACCUACUAAUUAUCGUAUAUCUCCAUCCUUUCACGUAUCCCUCCUCAAACCGGUCCACCCGGGAGCUGACCCUGGCCCUGAAGCCCCAGAACCACCGCCGCCACUUGAGAUUGACGGGAACCCCGCAUAUCAAGUGAGUGGACUACUGGACUCGCGGAGACUGGGGGGUCGGCUCCAGUACUUGGUGGACUGGGAGGGUUAUGGACCAGAGGAGAGAUCCUGGGUAGCCGCUCAGGACAUUUUGGACCCAUCCCUUAUAGAGGAGUUCCACAGAGCCAGACCCGAUCGUCCAGCACCUCGCCCUAGGGGAAGACCACGUAACCCACAACGAGAUCCAUCCCAGGAUCAACCAUGGCCACGAGAACAACCACGAAACCAAUCACGAGAUUCUGCCCAGGACCAACCACGACCACGUGGACGCCCACGAAAUCAAUCACAAGAUUCUGCCCAGGACCAACCACGACCACGUGGACGCCCACGAGGACGUCCACGAAAAGCUCCAGGAGUCGCUCCUAAAAAACUUGCACUGAUGUAA